GAAGAUGGCGCUAUGAUUGUCAAGAAAACGAUUACUCCAUCAUACUAUCUAACAUUCGAUUUAUUUCGUGAUAUAUUUUAUUUUAAAAACUAAUUGUUCGAGUUAUAAUUUAUCAAUAAUAAUGUAACAGUGAUAUACGUACAGAAUCAAAAUGGUUUAAUAUGAAUUUAAGAACAAGGCAUAUAUGAGAAAUACAUAUACGCUCCGAUAUGAACAUGAAUUCAUAUGUCAAAGCAUUUAAUGUGUAAAUAUUCAAUACAUAAAAAAAUGAGCUUCAAACUCGAUGAUUUGCAAGUGACAGACGCAGCCGCUAUUAAAGAGAAAUUUCUCACAACCGGUUGUUCAGAAUUGGACGUGAUAUUAAAGGGCGGUAUACCUUGUCGGGGUAUCACGCAGAUUUACGGUGCUGCUGGCACUGGAAAAACACAGUUGGCUUUGCAGUUGUGUCUCUCUGUUCAACUGCCAGUAACCGCGAACGGUCUUGCAGCUGGUGCAAUAUACAUUUGUACAGAAACUAGUUUUCCAUCAGAAAGGUUGCAACAAUUACUACAGAAUUCAGAAAUAGCUAAAACUCAUUCUGUGAAUGGAGAUGUAAUAUUCGUGAACCAUGUAGCCACCACUGACGAAUUAGAACUAUGUCUGCAACGUCAAGUCCCAGCGCUGAUGAAUAUUCAUAAAAUAGGAUUAUUAGUCAUUGAUUCAAUAGCAGCCCCUUACAGAGUAGAAGAUUGGAAAGAUCAGCUACAAGGCAGAAGUAAAAGGAAUGUUGGAAGACAAUUACACCAACUUUGUAAAAAUAAUGACUUGUGUGUAAUCUGCAUUAAUCAGGUUUCUGCAGUUAUAGAUAAUCAUAGUAUUAUAUCUGAAAAUGCAAUUGAACAACCAGCUUUAGGAUUUACUUGGUCAAGUAUGAUCACUUCUUCUAUACAUUUUUACAGAAGAAAUUCUAAACGAUAUGCUUGCAUAAUGCUAGCUUCGCACUUACCAAGAAUUACUUUUCAAUUCAUGGUGACCAAAUCUGGAGUCAAAGUGGCUCAAUAAAUCUGUGUAUCAUAUAUAACAAAAAUUCUUAAUUUUAUUCCAUAUAUUUACUUAUAUCGUGAAAUAUAUUUUCAUUUAAUAUGUUUAUUACAUUUGUUACUUUAUAAUCAGACAAUAUGGAAGCAUUAAAUGGAUCUAUUGUUCUUACAUCUAUAUUUUCAAUAUUAUCACAGUUUAAUAUUAACCUGAAAAGUACAGGACAUUAGUAAAAUAAUUAUGUAAUUCAAAUAACAAAUUUCUAUAGAAAUUUUACCUGAAAGAAUGAAGAUAGGUUCUAUGAGGCUGUAUAUCUUUGCCAUUACUAUACGUAUAAUCUCCUAUAAUUGUAUGACCGAUAUAAUGACAAUGUACUCUCAACUGAUGCCGUCUACCUGUGCCAGGUGCUAGCAAUAUUUUAGUAGCAGGUUUGUUUUUCCAAAAUCCAUAUUCCAAUACUACUAGUACAGUGUAAGAGUUACGUGGCUUUUCACAAAAGAUACUCUCGCUUGUACACAUUUAUGAUUGCCAUUCUUUUCACGUACAUCAUUACCUAGUUAAAGAAAAGAUAAAAUCAAAUCCUUUGCCUAUUUUUAUCUUGUUCCAAUAUUAUAUUGCAUUCUAUUAUUUUAGUUGCUUACCAAUAGGCUUGUCAAUUAUGAUGUAAGGUUUGUGUAUAUGACCGUGUACCAAUGCCAAAUAAAACUUUUGUACUUUUUGAUUCUCGAAAGCAAA